UGUACCUUCGUACGAAACCUUGAAUGACAAGGAAUACGGUGUAGGGAGGGGUAAGGAAAUAUAACUUUAAUUCAAAAUAACGGAUACACAAAAACCACCAGAAGCGCUUUCGUCUCAAAUGAUUUCACAAAUAAGAAUUGUGAGAAUUUCUGUCAUUAAAAUGGGUUCUAGCUUUUACUUUUUCACAGUGUGUCAAAAAAAGACAAAUAAGCCUUGACAUGACUCCUCAGCCUACCCCAGGGGGAAGCGCGAGUGUCAUUCGUCCGGCGGUCUGCAAAAUGGCGGAAGGUGUGUUGCCGUUUGUCCGUGGUCUUGAUCUCACCAAGAAUGACUUCAAGAAGCUGGAUUUUCCGAAAAGGGUGGCAGACAUGCCAAACUUACGGUGGCUGAAGUUAAACCAGACUGGAUUGGAAGCUCUGCCAGAUGAACUAUCUCACCUGAUGAAACUGGAACACUUGUCAUUGAAGGCAAACAGCUUAGCAAGUAUCCAUGGAGACCUUUCAACUCUCUCUCACUUAAGGGUAAUUAAUGCACGUCAAAAUCAGCUGAAGAAUUCUGGAAUACCUGGCGACAUUUUUGGACUAGAUGACCUCUUAACUAUUGAUUUUAGUCAUAAUCAACUCAAAGAGGUAUGUAGUUAAUGUUUACUUAGGGCAGAUUUACAUGUCAGGAAAUUUUGGGCAUUGUUUCGAUAUAAAUGGUGCGUGUGCACCAAAAAAAGUGACCUUCUACAGAUAAAUUUUGUGCUGUAAAUGACUUUACUUUACUCACACCAAGCCAAAAUUUCAUCUCCACUCAGACUACCUUUUCAGUGAGCAUAGGUGAGAUUUUGGCUUGGCAUAAAUAAGAAAAAGUUGUUUAGACAACAAAAUGCAUCUGUGCUGAACCUUUUUUUUUUGGUAUGCGCACCAUGUUUAUCGGAACCAUGCCAAAAAUUUUCUGUUGUGU